AUGGACAACGGCAACGGCGCCCCCGCGCCCGCCCUCGACGUCUACGCAGCCGCGUCGGUCGCCGAGAUCCACGCCGCGCUGGCCGCGCUGCACCAGCACGAGGCCGCCGUGACGCAGCGCCUCGACGCCCUCGUGGCCUCGCAGAAGGACCUCUCCCGCGAGCUCGGCCGCCUCGACCUGCUGCGCGCCCACCUCGGCACCCACGUCGUCAACACGCGCGCCAUCAGCCAUGCCAUGCUCUCCGACGCCGCCUCCACCGCGAACCGCAUCUCGCGCGCCGUCAAGCGCCUGGACCACGAGCAGGCCAACGUCAGGGCCACCCUCGACGUCGUCGAGCAGGUCGCCGAGCUCAAGGCGUGCGUGCUGGGCGUGCAUGGCUCCAUGGGCGCCCCGCAGGACUGGGAGACGGCCGCCGCGUACCUCAGCCGCGCAGCCAGAAUCCCCGACGAGGUCAUCGACGGCACCUUCGCCGAAGAGAUCGUCCCCACGGCCGACGUCCCCGACCCGCCACGCCAGACGCUCGAUGCCGCCGCCGAGUCGCUGUGCGGCCUGUUCCUGCGCGAGUUUGAAAAGGCGGCUGCCGACGGCGACGGCUCACGCGUCACGAGGUUCUUCAAGCUGUUCCCCCUGAUCGGGCGGACAGACACGGGACUCGAUGCAUACGGCCGCUACGUGUGCCAGGGCGUUGCUGCGAGAGCCCGCACAAACUUCAACGGCGCCCCGCUGGCCCAGCGCCAGGAGAGCUACUUCUACGGCCAGACCCUCACCAAGCUGUUCGAGCACAUCGCCCAGAUUGUAGACGGCCACGAGCCCCUCGUAGAACGCCAUUACGGCCCUGGCAUGAUGGCAAAGGUCAUCGAGCGCCUGCAGGUCGAGGCCGAUGUCCAAGGGGGUAUCGUCUUGGACACAUGGCACGACGAGCGCAGCAUCGACCGUAAACUGACCGACAUCAAGUCAUAUGCUUAUUCGUUCCUGUUGCAGAGCUUCAAACCCGCCAGUGGAAACCCCCGGUCCAAUUCCCCAGCCAACCCAGCUCCACGUACCAGCGAAGAUGAAGGCGUCGACAUGAAGGAGGUCGAUGGCCUACUCGCAGAGUGCGCCCUCAUGCUCGGCCGCUGGGCUCUCUACGCCCGCUUCAUUUCCGACAAGUGCGCACCUUCCCAGCCUGAAGAUCGCAUCGACCAUGGCCUCGUAAUGCCCCAAUUCCUAGCCACCAGCAACCUGCACCGAAAGGUCUCCAGCCACCUGAUCGAGCCCUUCAACUUCAUGACCACCUUUUUCUUCAGACGCUCCGUGGAGAAGGCCUUCCAGAUGGACCAGUCGCCGUCAGGCCUCAAUCUCAACCCUGCCAAGCCCCUCAGCGCCGAACCGCCCUUCAUCACCACGGCUGUCGACACCGUCAUGUACAUCCUGAACCAAGUGCUGCAGCGCGCGUUAGCGACCUCCCAGCGCGACGUCAUCGCCAACGUCGUCCCUACCGUCGGCAGCCUCCUAGGGACCGACUUCAUCGGCAUGAUCCAGCGCAAGAUGCGCGACGAGAGCUACCCCCGCCCCAUCAUCCAAGGCGGCCUCCCCCCAGAAGACAAGGUCAUCGCCUUCCUUGUCCUCAUCAACAACCUCGACGUCUCCAACGAGUACAUUAAACGCAUCGUCGAGCAGCAGCUUGGCGGCCCUCGCUCCGACUCGUCCAAUUCCCCCCAGGAGAACCUCUUCCCCUUUGGCCACGAUGCAAAAUUCGUAGAAACAAAGCUGAGGAACCUCGAACAUUCUUUCGCUGUCAACAGCGGCGAGCUGCUCAACGACGGCAUCCAAGUCGCCUUCCACACCGUCCUGAAACCCCGCGUCCGGCCCAUCCUCGCCGAGGCCUUUCGCGAUAUCAACUACCGCCCCUCGGAGGACGAGGCCAACGGCGAAGAUGGAGAGGAAGACGAUGCAGACCUGGUAAAGGCGCGCUUUGACCGCGGCUGGGGGGCGCUCAUCCGGCCCAUCAAGCGCAUUCUCACCACCGCCAACUUCGACCGCCUCCUUUCUGUCGCGCUCGCGUAUCUAGCCAGCGCACUGGAGAAGCGCAUCAAAGGACAGCACGGGCUAGUCAACGAGCUGGGGGCCGUGCGUCUCGAGCGCGACAUCUCGGGCAUUGUCACGGCAGCGGUGGGAGGCGGCAAGUACGCGCUGCGCGACGCCUUCACCAAGUGCACGCAGAUGACGCUGAUCAUGAACAUGGAGGACGACGAGUGGGAGGAGGUGUGCGCGGAAGAGACAGGCGACUCGGGCAUCGCGUGGGUGCUUAGCGCCGACGAGAGGAGCUUUGCGAGGAGCAUUGUCAAGGGGCCGCGGUGA